ACCUCACUUGCAACCCCUCUCUCUCUCAUAUCUGAGAACCUCUCUCUCUGUUGGAAAAAAAAGAUACCAAAAGUUGCGGGUUUGAUCCAAACACUAAGCUUUUUUCAUAUUUCUCUAUCUUCCCCCUUUCUUCUCUGUGUGUCCGUACACUCUCAGACCCACACAAGCGAGCUUGAACAAAAGAUUUCAAAGCUAAAUCCACUAGUGGAAGAUCAGAAAACCACACCCAGAAAACAAAUAAAAAUAUAAAAUAUCUGUAAAACAUCAUUUUUAGAUCCCUCUGUGUGUUCUUUUCUCCAUAAACCCUUCAUAUUAGGUCCUCCUUCUCUAUCUCAUUUUCUUCUCUCUUGGGUUUUAAUAAAAAAAAAUCCUAAUUUUUCUGGAUGUUCCUUGUUUGUUUCUGGGGUUUGUGUUGCAUGCAGAUUUAAAAUUAUCUAUUUGUUUUAUGGGUUUUCUUUUUAAUUUAUAGUGAUUUAGGUUGAGAGUUUUUGCAUUUUUCCGUGAAACUGAGGCUCUGGGCGAUAUUCAAAACUCGUGUUUGGUUGAGAAUGGAAGGCGGAUAUUGAAAUUUUGCAUUUUUGAGAUCAGAGUUUUAUUGGGUUUCAACUCUUUUUUUUUCUUUAUCUCUUUCUGGUGGGUAUGGUUGAGAUGGGGAGUUCUAGUGAGACUAGUAACAAGAGCAUUGAUGCGUCGGUGGGUGGGUUGGUUUGGGUCCGACGCAGAAACGGGUCGUGGUGGCCCGGUCGGAUAAUGGGUCUGGACGAGUUGCCCGACAGUUCUGCGGUUUCUCCGAGAUCGGGCACCCCGGUAAAGCUUCUGGGCCGCGACGACGCAAGCGUGGACUGGUAUAACCUUGAAAGAUCCAAGAGGGUGAAAGCUUUUCGUUGUGGGGAGUAUGAUGAAUGCAUUGAAAAAGCAAAGGCCCAUGCAGCUAGCUCCAAUAAAAAAGCAGUGAAAUAUGCACGCAGGGAAGAUGCCAUUAUCCAUGCUCUUGAAAUUGAGAAUGCUCGCCUAGGCAAGGAUAAUUUGGACUUCAGUGCUCGGAUGAGUAAUUCAGGUGGUGAGCAUGGUUGUUCAGCAAGAGAAUCACCUGCCGUGUCUCAUUCCGGCGAGGAGAAUGAAGUUAUGGUUGAUGAUGUGAGUGAUUCUGAAAACAGUUCAGGCUCGGCACCAGAAUUAUCUCAAUCUGGUAUAUCUUUUGAAGAGCCAAAUCAUAUCAGUUCUUCUAAGUUGCAAACUGUGCAGGGAAGGAGAAGAAGAACGCCAAAUGAUUCAGAGGAUGAUGGAACAGAAGGAGUUAAGCGCAUGAGAGGACUUGAGGACCUGGGAAUGGGUGUAGUGUCAAAAAAGUCAGUCCAGACUGGAGGGCUUCUUGAACUAGUUCAACAGGACAGUGCUUCACUCUUAGAUUCGAACACUCGGAAUGGCGUGCCUAAUGGAAGUCCUGUAAAUGGAAGCAAAGGUAUUUCAUCACUGAAAAGGAAGAGAUCUCAAGUUGCAAAUGCUAAUGAAGUCUUGAAAAGAAAAAACCGCAGCCGACCGUUGACAAAGGUGUUGGAGAGUACUGCAAUGGUGUCUAUUCCAGUUACGUGUGACCAAUUUCAAAAUUCAUGUGGUUCACCUCUUCAAGGGUUAUCUGAUGGCAGGGUUUCUGGAUUAGAAUCAAAUGAGUCAAAAGGGAGUUUAUCUGUGGACCACAAUGGAAUUUCGUGUGAGAAUGGAGCCUCUACAAAUGCUCCUGAACGAGCUUUUGGUGCUUCCUGUAUUAAUGGCAAAAUCAAGGAGAACGAGAUUCCCAGCAUAUCUGGGUUAGCUGAGAAUGAUUCUUCAGAUAGGUUAUUUGAUGUGCCAUUUGCUGGAGAGGAAAAAGACCCUUCAGGUUAUUCUCCUAUAAUUGCAGUUUGUUCAUCUGGGAAGCCUCAAAUUGGUGCAUUGGGAAGGCAAUCUAGUCAAAGCAGUCAAGCUGAAGCUUUAUCUUUGAGAGAUGAGAGAAUUAAUGAAUCUGGUUCUACAAGUUCAGCAGCCUUGCAUGAUAUUGGCCAAAGUAUAGAAAAAGGUAGUUCAAAGUGGCAGUCAAAAGGAAAGAGGAAUUCUAGACAAACAAGUAAAGAUAGAAAACAUGACUCAAGAAGGUAUAUGGACGUGGAUGAAGAAUCCAAUGCUUAUUCGGUAGGCAUUGAGCAUUCUGAUGGAUUGUCUCAGGAUUCUGACCAGAAAGUCAACUGCAAAGGCAUUAGUGGUUCCGGUGCAUAUAAUUGCACAUUACAAGCAAAGUCCAAACAGGUUACUGAAUUGGCUGAUGGACCAAUUCAAAGGUCACUUCCCUAUCGGCAGUCCCGCUUCACAGUGCCUGCAAGAUAUCAGACGUCAGAUUCUACUGCCCGCAAUCUUUGCUCUGAUGGUUCGUUAUAUGAUGUCAAACUUGAGGUGAAAUCAAAUUACCGGCCGCAGCAUGUCCCGCUGGUUUCCCUUAUGAGUAAAUUGAAUGGUAAAGCCAUUGUUGGUCACCCGUUAACAGUUGAGGCUUUGGGUGAUGGCUGUUGUGACAUCAUGUUGAGCAAACUGGAAUGUGAUCGGGAAGUUGGUAAAAUAGGUUAUGCAAUUCAGCCAAAAGCAGAAAUCGGAAGAAAUCCGGGCAAGCAUUUGGCAUUGCAACCACAAAAUUCACCAAAUAAAUCUCCCAAAACAAAGAAAUCUGGGCUCCAGCCAAAAAAGACUCGGAAACUAUCUUCUCUGACUGGUCACAAGCAAUCUGAAGUGACGAAGCCACUGGCUGCGAAGCCACAGGGUCCUGUGAUAGCUUGUAUCCCCCUCAAAUUAGUGUUUAGUAGGAUAAAUGAAGCAGUGAAUGGUUUGGCCCGACCAACACAUCGGGUUUUAAAAUCAAGUGACACUUGAACAAGUUUCUCAUGGGGAAAUAAAUGUUGCAGUGGAUGGAUUCUUCCUGUGAAUGUAGUUCUUUAUUCAGGGGUUUUGGUUAAAUUCUGCAGCCUAGUUGCUGCUUCUCAUUUAUUUGGCCGUGUUAAGUUUGCAGCACCAUUAACUCUGCUGCCCUUUAAGGCUGAAUCCAUCUGUACAAUUCCGUGAUACUGCGUUGUUGUAGGAGCAGUCAGUCAAUGGAGGCUCUGCUUUUUUCUCUGUAUAUAAUGUAACAUUAGUUGAGGUGUAAUAGCAUUAGGUAUUUUGAUGACCUGAUAUUUGGUUAUUUAAUUUAUGAAUUCAGGUUCAUCAGGAGGGACAA